AUGGCGGUCAGUGAUAUUAUUGCAGCUCUUUUUCUCUUUCCAUUCUUAAUAAUAAAGAACUUAAUCUUUGACGAUCAGUGGCUGAUUGGUGGGGGCAUUGGUAAUGCACUGUGUAAGUUAACUCUAUUUACAAUAGAAAUGUCUUUCGCUGUUUCUGUAUAUAGCUGUGUUGCCAUUGCUAUUGAACGCUAUUUCGCUGUGGCUCAUCCAUUCAAGAAACCUUUCAAGGGCAAGAUGAAACAUGCCAUUGUAGCCAUUUGGAUUGUUGCAGCCGUAAUCUGUUCACCAUAUUUGUUCUUUUCAACAACAAUACAAUAUGGCAACUCACUCUACUGUGGUGUAUCUCACAAGACCUGGCCAUCGUACAUGACUUACCAUUAUAUCUUAGGUGGUUUGGACAGUGUUUUGCCAGUGUUGUUUAUCACAAUCACCUACAUUUUCACCAUCUACAAACUUUAUCAUCACAAAGUAACCGGAUUAGCAACAUCAGAACGAAGAAGAAGAGAACAACAAAACAACAAAGUGCUAAAACAUGCUGUGACAAUUGUGGUUUUGCUUUAUCUUUGUCGCGGUCUUCGGUUGACUGUUUUCAUCUUGGAUCUUGAAAGAAAGCUGAGGCACCUCUCGUUCUCAUCGUUUCUCAAUUUGCAAUAUUCCUCACUUCUCAUUAACUGCCUCAGUCUUGUGUAUAACCUCUUCAUCUAUCUCAUCUUCAAUGAUAUUUACCGUGAGAAUGUCAAAGCUUUGCUACCUAAGUGUUGCUGUCGAUCUAACGAUAACCGAAGGCAGCAAAUACCAGAUGAGGGUAGAAGGGAAUUUAUAGAGAUGCAGCCACUCAAUUGA